GGGGAGUGAUUGGCUCUUGGGGCCAGGGGCGGGGCCGGCGCAAACCCACGGCCUAAGGUCGGGUCCCAGGUCGUCCGUGGGAGGCAGUGAGACCUCCCAGCGUGAUGUCCUUCUGCAGUUUCUUCGGGGGCGAGGUCUUCCAGAACCAUUUUGAGCCGGGUGACUACGUGUGCGCCAAGUGUGGCUAUGAGCUCUUCUCCAGCCGCUCCAAGUAUGCACACUCGUCCCCAUGGCCGGCCUUCACUGAGACCAUCCACGCCGACAGCGUGGCCAAGCGGCCAGAGCACAAUAGGCCUGAGGCCUUAAAGGUGUCCUGUGGCCGGUGUGGCAAUGGACUGGGCCAUGAGUUCCUGAAUGACGGCCCCAAGAGGGGACAGUCCCGCUUCUGAAUCUUUAGCAGCUCACUCAAGUUCAUCCCCAGAGGCCAAGAAACUUCUGCUGCCCAGAGGAAGUAGGCUGGACCCCAGGUGACCCUGUGGGGGUACAUCUUGCCACCCCACUUUGAAUCAGAACCCAGACCUUCAGACAGGGAGGGGCUACAGAAAUCAGGAAGCCCCCAAGUUGUUGGCUGUCAGCAGGCUGACCUCGGGAACCACAAACAGCAUUUUCUGCUUUGGCCCUCAGCCCCUUGCCCCAUGCUGCCUGCUUCCUGGAAGGGUCAGGACUGGGCUGGAGGCUCCCCUGUCCUCCUGAACACAGGGGGCUCAGGGCAGGCUCCAGGCCUAGGUUGGCUCUCGAUGACCCUGUGCCCACCUUUUCUUCUCUCCUGCCUGUCUGUACCCCGUGUGAGACAUGGUUCCAAGCUCUACCUUCUCCUGGGCCUGCCUGGCGUUCCUACAGCCACCGCAUGACUCGCUCUGGCUAAACCCUGCCUGGCAGCCAGAGUGCCGAGAACCUGUGACUGGGAGCUGCCUGGCCUCUGUCUUGGGAGGAGCGGCCUGCCUGUUUCUCAGUCAGUGUGCAGUUUGCCUCACUGGGCUUGGGAAACAGGAAGUGAGGCCCUGUGGCCUUGGUCCCACCUUCAGGCCUGGGUGGGGCAACCCCUCCCUCAGGAGUCUUCUCUGGAAUGGGCAGGGGAAACAAACAUAAACACUCGAGGCCCCCA